GCGUUCAUAAUCAUCUUCAUCAUCUUCACCAUGCUCCACAGUUCAGUGCUCUCUCAAUCCAUUAACAAUGUCGUCCAAUCUCAAGCCAACCUUCGCAUACACGAUUAUCUACGUCAAGGACGUCGCGAAAUCAGUCGAUUUCUACUCCAAAGCCUUCGGUUUCACCGUCCGCCGCCUCGAUCAUUCCAACAGGUGGGGAGAGCUCGAGAGCGGAGGAACUACCAUCGCAUUCACACCUCUGCACCAACACGAAACAGAGGAUCUCACCGGCGAAGUCCAAAUCCCAUCCUCCAAUCGCGAACGAAACCCUAUCGAGAUCUGUAUCGAUUAUCCCGAUGUGGAUGCGGCCUAUCAGAGGGCGGUGGAGAAUGGUGCGGCGGCGGUGAGCCAGCCGGAGGCGAAAGAGUGGAAGCAGAGAGUAGGAUAUGUACGGGACAUUGAUGGAAUGGUGGUGCGGAUAGGUAGCCAUGUGAAUCAACCAAAACAGAACUGAAUUACGCACUCUUCUUCUUCUUCUUCUUCUUCUUCAACCGAAUAACAAAUAUGAAUAAAUCUGUUAUUUCUAGCUCUGUUUA